GAUUGCUGAUGGGUUAGAGUGAAAUGAUGAGAUGAUGAGAAGCUGAACAUGAUGAACUCCAGGCAGCCUUUUCUUGAUGAUUGCUUCUUCGAGGAGAAGGGAGCGGGAGGAGGAGCAGAGAGACGAGGAGGAUGUGACACCGCCUUACAUUGAUGACGCGAAACAUCGGGAGAUUUUUUUUUUUUUUUUUUUUGACACGCUGUGCGUAUUAACCCACGCAGGGAGCAACAAAUGGUGCUGGAGUUGAGGAGAAGCUCCAAAGACGUGAAUUCAGCUGCCGAGGAUGCUGCAGCAUCGCUGAGGCUCACAGAGCGUCACUGAGGCUGCAGCGACGGGACGAGCUGAGCGCUGUCAUCUGUUGAUCGGAUUAAAGACUGAAGAUUAUCAGCAAAUUACCAUGAGCUGCCGCGCUGAGGCUGACAGGUGAAAUUUGAGGAGAUUGAAAUGAUCCCCAAGUCAGGAAAAUCUCCGGCAGACUCGCGGAAAAGCGUCGGAAUCCAUGAGUUUGCAGCACUGGCCAGAUCGUCCUUAAAUGGUAUCUCACAGGUGGUCAAGGACCAUGUGACGAAGCCAACCUCCCUGGCCCAGGGCAGGGUGGCCCACCUCAUAGAGUGGAAAGGUUGGCCCAAACCUGCAGACCCUCCACCCACUGCGCACUCGCACUUCAGCUCUUACUGCCAUCUGACAGAAGGAGAGAAGGAGGCUCGCUUUGCUGCAGGUGUGGCUGAGCAGUUUGCCAUCGCUGAAGCCAAGCUUCGUGCCUGGGCGUCUCUGGAUGAUGACGAUGAAGAAGACUCCAACGAUGAAGACUUACACAGCAACGAACAAACUCACACCUUCUGCUACCAGAGAUCAGACACCCUAACAUCCAAUCCUAUCACCGGAGUGCCAUGCCAGUCUGACGUGGACAGCAGUGAGACACGACCCUCUGACAGUUGCUUGGGCUCGAGUAGCAGCAGCAGCAAUGGCAGCAGCAGUGGCAGCAGCAGUGGCAUCCCAGCAUCAUACAUUGACCCACCAUCAUCCCAGACCAAUUCUCCCAUUUCCCCCGGCGACUGUCUCAGUCCAUUCCUGGAAGGAGAGUUGAGGCUGGACGGCCGGGGGCAGCGGGCAGCCUCAGUGGAGGAGCAGCAGCACCAUCAGGUUUGCCCUCCGCACAAGCAAGAGUGGAAACCCCCGUGUCGGAGCGGCAGGUUUGACUCCUGCUAUUCCACCUCCCACUCCGAGUCUCCUGGAGAAGAGGAAGAGGAGGAUGAGGAUGAGGAAGGCAGCGUGUUCCAGGAGGUGCGGCUGUGGCAAUACAGAAGCUUCUUCUCUGACCGGGCUUCUUCUGGAGUGGCUUCGUUUGACGAGGAGGAGGAAAGGGAUGAAAUGGAGGAGAAGAAAGAAGAAAAAGAAUAUUUGAUGUGAUGUGUUGCUCACAGUUCUGUGUCUUUAAGUCUGUGGUGAUUCUGGUUAUGAAAUCAUCUCUUCCUCUCAUCUUUCCUCCUCUUCUCACUGCCUCAGCCUCCAGACCUUUCACAUUCCAAUCCUGAUCCAUUGUUUUAUUGCUGCUGUAGACAUGAAAUAUAAUGGAAAAGUCAAUCUGAAUGUAAAGCUGUUGUUCAAAAAUGAGUUUUUGUACAUUUCCUCGUGAAGAGUGUGUUGUGCGUGUUGCUAUUGCAUUGGUUUUCUAUGGACGUUUUGUAGUGUUGUUUUAUUCUGGGUCAUGCUGUGUCAUGCUGGUCAGGCCAUGUUUGAUACUGGUUGUGUGAAUGUCUUCAAAUACACAGUAAAUAUAAUCAUUUUUGGACAAAACUCUUGUUGGUAUUUCUCGUAUUUUUUGCACAAACAAAAGUAAAAAACCCACUCGUCUCUGAAAAGGUGUUUCUCCUCAGUUUAAUCACUCACUCAUGUACAAAGUGUCCUCUGAAAAAUAACGAUGGCUGUUGAAUUUCAAAUGCAUAAUUCUCCUCUGUACACAAUGCGUAUUUAAAUAUCAUGUGUAUUGUCAUAUAUACAAAGCAUGUACAGACCAGUGUCGUAUAAAGGGAAAUACUACAGACUUAUUGCUUAACUAGAUACGCUGCAGAUUCGCUUUUAACACUCCACGUUUAACUUUAUACAUUCAAUGACAAGCACGAGUUCACAUUUUAAUAGGCAAACAAAAUAAAACGAGGUCAGUAGGUCAUUGCACAAUGUUUUUUUUUCUUUUUUUACACAGACAGAAAAAUGAGCCAGAAAUGGAACGCCGCACUGAGACCAAAUCAGAUUUAAAUACGGCUUAAAAUCAUCACAUGAAGCUAAAAAUGCUAACAAGGACUCACUCUAUCUAUGUCUCUCACACAUUAACACACACACACACACACACACACACACUCACUUAAACUUGCAGCUCAACAACAGUUUCUGGACUUGUGUCUCACUCCUGUGCUUCAUAAUGUAGUUACAGUUAUCAUCACUGCAUUGGUGCCAUGUGAUGUUCAGUGCUUGUGUGUGUGUGUGCAUGACACAUGUGUUUGUGUGCUCUCUUCAACUGGAGCAACAGGCCACCUAACCUAUUUUUCUUGGCCCACAUACAGCAACGAAUUAAGAGUCAUUAUUGGCCCACAUUUGAUAUCCUGAAUCUGGGCCAAAAAAGUUGAGACUGUCUCGUGGCCCAAUUGGUUUGAAUGUGACUGACAUUAGAAAUCUUGACUUUUAGGAGCAUCAUCAGACCUGUGAUCUUUUCAUUAAAAAUCCAAUUCAAAAUGAUCUAAAGAUCACUGUAGGUCUGAGGGUCAGAGCAGAGAAUAUGACUGGUUGUUCCAUUUUGUUUUCUGAGACAAUAUCAGUCAGAUGACCUGUCAAGACCACUGUUUCCCAAAGACUGGGGAAAAAAGGUUUGGGAAACACUAGUCUAGAUCAACACCUGGAGGUUACAGUAUGGUCCACUUUGUGUCCAUGAUGCACCGAAUUAUCAUUUGAGCUAAGCCUUCUGAUUGGUUUGCUUUGUCUACUUGAGAGAAUUUUCAGUGACAGGUUUGGCUUGUUUACAUAUCCACCAAAAUACACUGAACCACCGUGCUGUUCUUCACAGAGGUUGACAGGGAGUGCGGAAACGCCAUUAGUGAUCCAGGAAACACAUUAAACACAGCAAAUUAACACAGCAGAAGAUGUAGGAGCUGCUUUAAUGAAGGACUGCCUCCAGUUCUCACAGGUAUUUACCCCUUAAAAGCCAUUGUGCGGUAAAUUACAGCCAUGGUAAUUACAAUGUGCUUCAGCGUGCAGUGCAGCCCUGCACCGACCUGUGUGGCCUCAACUCAAGCUGCCUUUGGUGUGUGAUGAGGUGGUGAGUGGAUGAAGCCCAGCUGAUCCAAGACUAUAUGUGAUGUACAGAACUCAUUUCCAGAAACUGCUUGUCCAAAUCAUAGUGAAUUACACGAUUUAGAGUUUGUGACUACGCUGUAUUGACAAUGACAUUUUUAAUUUUAGAGACAUAUGCUCCUGUGAAGAUGUCUGUGAUUUCACAGCACGGGAACUUCAGACUUCAUUCUGUACAAGUAUGUGGCUUUAGGUACAGUGGUCUGUUCGACUGGUCCGUCUGCGGCCCUGAUUUAUCUCCUGGUUAAAAAGGUCAGCUGCAUCAGAAAGUGCAGCAUCUGACCACAACGAUCACAUGACAAUUGUUGAGCAGCUGAAGUUAAACCAGAAUGCAUGUGCAGUGUUUGGACAGUCAGGUUCCAAUAAAUAACAUAAUGAACAGAACAAACUGUAACAUUCCACUUUCCACUUUCCAUUUACCAAAUUAAAUUAAAGUUGAGGUGCAUUAACAAAUAAAUUGUCAGUAUUUUUUGCACAUUGUUUUCAUCGUCAUUUCAUCAGUUUCUCUGAAAAUGAGUUUCCCAGAAAUCAGUCUUUGGCAGUGACGUAGAUGUACUGAUGAAAACACUCGUUACUCACAUCAGUAAAUGUGCUCCACAGUCUCAUACACUGUAACACCAGUUUAUUAUCAUUCAGAAAGUCCACAUCAUAGACCUUCUGCUCAGUAAGGGUUUCUUAUUUUGUAGAAAACAGGAGCAUCGUGUGCUUCCAGUGUUUUUUGUUUUUUUUUGGGUCAUCUGUGCUUUUAUUUUCUAUUUUUAAAAUUAACCUCAUUUCAUUAAAACCACCUGGAGUCAUAUUGUUUGUUGUUGGAAAAUUAUGUCUCAAAGACUGGAAAUGUUUCCGGUAUGGCACAUACACACACACAUUGUUGUAUUCACAACCACACAAACAUUUGGGUAUGUUUCUAACUUCUUAUUGUCACAAAAUAAUAUUAAAAGACCAGAGCUGUUUUACUUUUCAACAAAUGAUUAAAAUGUGGAUUUUUUUCCCCUCCGACACCAUGGAUUUCUACGAAUAUUGAAAAAACAAAACAAAACACAGGAAUCCAUCAGUUUUGCCAUCAGCCUACUGAGAUUAAAGUUCCACUGAGUCUGGAAUCAAUCACACAGCGCUCAGGUUAAUACAGGUCUGUACUAAUAGACAUUCCAUUCAGCUACAGUCUGUCUCUGAUGAGCAGGUCUGUCUGCCUCUCUGCCCUUCUGGGCUAAUUAGUAUCAUGAGGCUCACUUGUUGCCCUGUUCAUUAGUCUCACUCGUCUCACCUGGUGCCCUGGGCAUAUACACCUCUCUCCCUUACUCAGUCUGUGCUGGGUUGCUGUAUGUUGGUCAUAGAAGAGUCCUGCUGGUUCCUGUGACGACGGUUCAAUUCCUUCUGUUCCUGCCUGACCCUGUCUCUCUGCUGGACAUAGAGAGCUCUGAGAACUUCACCACUCCGUUCAGGAGAGCUGCAGCUGUCCCGUUCUACUCCUAAUGACGCACCAGACUGCCAGAGAUGUUUGCUCCACCAGCUGGAAAGGUGCAGGAUCUAUCUUGCAGUUUUUAAAAUCCACUGGCAGAUCCAGCUGCUGCUCUUCCCACUCUGCUAUCUGGGAAAUGACAAGAAGAAAAAAAAAAUUGAAAUAAAUGCUUUCUAU